AUUCGACGUUCCCCCAUCACACCACCACACAACCUCUUCCCCUUUUCACAACAAACACAAACUCUCACUUUCUAAACCAAACCCCACACAGAUUCAACACCACCACCAUGUCCAACGCACCUUCCAAGCUUAACGGUCAGGUCAACAGCGUCGUCGGGUCCGUCGAGGCCAUGGCCGGAGCGGUCAUCGAGGCCGGUUUCCAGGCCGUCGGAGGAUCUACCGAGCCUAGCGUCUUGACCAAGGACGGAAAGGAGAGGCACGACAAGGGAGAAGCCGAGAUCAAGGCUGCCGAGGCCAAGCAGUAUGCCGAGGGUACCGUCGACCGGGUCGUCGGAAAGAAGGACGCCAUCGUCGGCGCCAUUACCGGAGACUCUGCCCAAGAGCUCAGCGGGAACGCCCAGAAGGAGAGCGGUCACGCUCAACAGAAGCUCGCUACCUCGUAAACGCCCGGGCGUGUAGCUGGUCCCUGUUUAUGAAGGACGUGAUGUGACGUGACGAAUAUGAUAUGAUAAUAUACCCCA